ACAAAGGAAACGGUUCUCAUUAACUGAUUUUAUCCUAAAAACUGAAACUUGAUUUCCACAUUUGUUGGAAUCCAUCUAAAACGACACCUCUCCCACUUUUUUCUCAUUGCAGGAGAUUAACCUUGUAGUUUAUUCAUGAUUUCACCAUCCUUUCUUCCUCCUCUGGUCAUCUCUCACCCUUCUUGUAGUCUCUACUCCUUUCAGAGGACAAGGGUCCUUCAAUGUUCUUUGGGGGGCCCUACUCCUUUAGUUUUGCUACUUUUUAUUCAUUAAUUUAACCUAUAGUUCAUACCUGUAUUUAUAUGUAAUUGAGAGAGAUAUUUUUGUCAUUGUUUCUGGGUCAAAGUAAAUUUGUUGAGAAGGCUUUUGUCAAAUUUCCACCAUAGUUUCUUCCAGGUUGUUUAUUUGCUAUACACAUUGUAAAAGGUUAUAAGCAUGAAUUGCUUCCCUUGUUGUGCAACUAAGAAAAGCCUAAGCAAGAGAGAACACGAUGCUCCACCAUCAGCACCCGAACCUGCACCAGCAGCACCAGCACCAGCACCAGCACCCGCACCAGUAGCAGCAGCAGCACCAGAAAUGAAGAAACAAAUUUCCGAUGAUCACAUCUCAGUUGAUCCUGAAAAUAUUAAGGUAAAGGCUUUCACGUUCCGUGAGCUAGCAACAGCAACAAAGAAUUUCCGACAGGAUUGCCUGUUGGAUGAAGGAUGUUUCGGGAGAGUAUACAAAGGAAUAAUUCCUGCCACCGGCCAGGUCGUGGCCGUGAAGCAACUCGAUCGAAAUGGGAUCGGUAAGGAAAUUCUGACUGCUGUUUCUGAUCUAUGUAUGUUGCAGCAUGAGAAUCUGGUAAAUCUCAUUGGUUAUUGUACCGAUGGUGAUCAACGUCUUUUGGUUUACGAGUUGUUUUCUGGGCGCACUCUUGAAAGCCGUCUUUUUGAGAAUAAAGAGGAUGAAGCACCAUUAAACUGGUAUGACAGAAUGAAAAUACUAGCGGGUGCUUCAAAAGGGCUAGAGUACUUACAUGAGAGUUCGGACCCUCCAGUUAUAUUCAAGGAUUUGAAAGCGUCGAGCAUCUUGGUGGACAAUGAUUUCAACGUUAAACUACGUGAUGUUGGAAUGACCAAGCUUUCUGGUGGAGAAAAGAUGAACAACGGACCUCCAAGACUUAUGGGGAACAAUGGUUACUGCGCUCCGGAGUAUGUAAGAACAGGUCAAGUCACCAAGAAAUCAGACGUCUACAGUUUCGGAGUUAUCUUGCUGGAGCUCGUUACUGGACGAAGAGCCAUUGACACCACCAGACCAAAUGAAGAGCAAAAUCUAGUUGCAUGGGCAACCCCCUUGUUCAGGGACCCGAAGAGAUAUCCAGACAUGGCGGAUCCGGUUCUUAAAAAGAAUUUCCCAGAUAAAGAUCUGAAUCAAGUUGUUGCAAUAGCAUCCAUGUGCUUACAGGAGGAAGCAGAAGCUCGACCUUUGAUCAGUGACGUUGUAACUGCUCUCAGUUUUCUUUCUGCUCCUCCUCCUGUUGCAGCACCCCGAAAGAGUAGUGCUGGUGAAAGCGAGAGUGGAUCAGUAUCAAGAAAGGGGAGCCGUAGAUCAUCAGUAGAUACUGAUGGCCGCCUUCCGCCGGUUUCCUCUAAAAAUAGUCGCAAAGGCAGCAAAAAAUCUUCACUGAAACUGUUAAGCCAGAAGAUAAGCCAAAAAUCUUCUGAGGAAGAUUUAGGACAGAAGAGCAGCAAAAAGUCCUCCAAGAGCAGCAGAAAAUCUUCCCUGAGAGGUUUAACCCAAAAGAGCAGUAAAAAAUCUUCUAGCAGAAAGAGUAGCAAAGAAUCGGAGGAUGGAAGCGUUUCCUCAAGCUGCCGUAGCAGCAGUUUGGCAUCAGAUGAUGAAAGGUCUGUGUCAGCUCGUAGCAGCAUGAGGCUAUCACAAGCGAGUGAUCAAUCUGACUCCAACUACAGCAGCAGAAGGACAGAAGAUGCGGACCAUAACCUACUAGACCGUGCAAGCACCAUGGAAUCUGAUGUGGGAAGUGGUCACCCUUUUGACCAAACUAGCAGCAGUGGAUCAAGCGUUUACUCUCGAUAAAAAAAAAAAAAAAACAUUAUCAACCUUGGUUCCUUUUGUGAUCAUCAUCAUGGACAGCCAUAUGCUUGUUCUUUAUUACGUUGAUUUCUAUUUUUGUGCCGCAGUCUGGUUGCUAACACAACCCUUCGUUUGAGCUAUAUAUACAAGAUAACAAGUGCUCUUUAACUUUUAAAA